AUCACCAUCUUGCUGAUGAGGACAAAUGGUGGAAAUGACAGAAAUGUCAUUCUGUUUGCAAACAAGAUAAAAGCAAACCUGAAACUCAAAUGCACUUUCAACCAUCAAGUGGAGAAAACUGUCAUCAGAUCAAGACUCAAUGGGCUGCCAGUCCGCAGCGUGGAUUUUACCCGCGGCACCGAUAACAUCACCGUGAGGCAGGGGGACACAGCCAUCCUCAGGUGUUAUGUAGAAGACAGAAGCUCCAAGGUGGCCUGGCUAAACCGUUCUGGCAUCAUUUUUGCUGGAGAAGACAAGUGGUCCCUGGACCCUCGAGUAGAGCUGGAGAAGAGAAACCCCCUGGAGUACAGCCUGCGGAUCCAGAAAGUGGAUGUCUACGAUGAGGGGUCCUAUACAUGUUCAGUGCAGACACAGCAUCACCCCAAGACUUCCCAGGUUUACUUGAUUGUGCAAGUUCCACCAAAGAUCUCCAAUAUCUCCUCGGACAUCACCGUGAAUGAAGGCAGCAAUGUGACCCUGGUUUGUAUGGCAAAUGGGCGUCCAGAGCCUGUCAUCACCUGGAGGCACCUCACCCCAACAGGAAGGGAGUUCGAAGGUGAGGAGGAAUACCUGGAGAUCUUGGGGAUCACGCGAGAGCAGUCGGGCAAGUAUGAGUGCAAAGCUGCCAACGAGGUUGCUUCGGCAGAUGUCAAGCAAGUCCGGGUCACUGUGAACUACCCUCCCACCAUCACAGAGUCCAAGAGCAAUGAGGCGGCCACGGGACGACAAGCCUUACUCCGCUGCGAGGCAUCAGCAGUGCCCACGCCUGAUUUUGAGUGGUACAGGGAUGACACCAGGAUAAACAGUGCCAACGGUCUGGAGAUAAAGAGCACGGGGAGCCAGUCUCUGCUGGUGGUGGCCAACGUCACUGAGGAGCACUAUGGGAACUACACCUGUGUGGCUGCCAACAAGCUGGGAGUCACAAAUGCCAGCCUAUACCUUUACAGCACAAAACUUGGGCUCAGCUUUCACUGCACAUUUUUAUUGCCACCAGAAAUAGACUGCAGCAGAAUGACCCACUCACACAAAUGGACCAGAGACCCAGAAGCAACAUAGGGUUGUAUUCUUCUGCUGAUCUCAAACUGAAUUAAAACACUCAGGCCAUGAUCUGCAUGACCUUCUAAACAGAAAAAAAAUAAACUAUGCAAAUCUGUCUUAGUGUGAGAGGCAGUCUAGUGUAGUUUCUGCUGUGUGUGGUCAGAUUAAUCAAAGGAUCAGAACAAAAAGUGUUUUGGUUUGUUUUUGCUUUUUAGCAGAUGUAAUGCAAAAAAAUAUAAAUCCAUUGGCAUUCUUUGUUUACUGCCUCAGGAUUUAUUACAUUGCAGUUUGAAUUCUUGCAAAAUUUGGGUGCGUUCUGUGGAAUUUUUCUCCUGAAGAGUAGAUUUAUCAUAAAAGUACAUUUAUUUGAUUUCGUGCUGCAUUUGGCCAGGGAGACAAAGCAAAUUUCUACUUUGAAAGUCUUUUCACCCUCGUCUUGUGACUGUCAUGAGAUUCAAAUGAAAUUCUCACGCAGCAAUCUGGAACACAGUUUUCAAAUACUCGAGAUUUGUUCUUGCUGAUAUUAAUAUAAUGCUAAGUUUAGAAUCCAUUAUUUGUGGCUGAAUUCUAAAUUUGGCCCUCGCUAUUGGUUCCUGUUACACAGAUGAGCUGAAUACAUCACUGAAACAAAAUAUAAGAUGAAAUUCAAUAAUGUAUGUGUGGACACGUGAUUUCAGAUGGGGGUUGGUUUUGCUAGAAAAGCAUUUUGCACGACUCGAGAGCUUCACCUCAAAGGAUCUCAAAGGAUUUGCUAGCAAUGAAUAUUUUAACAUCGCAAGUUACUCAAAAAUCAGUGAGUGUUAUUAUCACCGUUUUGCAGUAGGAAACUAAGAAAUAGAGUCAAGAAGUGGUUUACCCAUGGUCAUGAGUUCAGCAGCAGAACCUGUAAGAAAUGUGGGGAAAUCUUGCAACGUUGCCAUUACCUAUACCGAGGGGAAAGGUGGCAACUGUUAAAGAUGACUUGAACAAGGAAAUAAAGUGAGGGUGCCAUUUUAGCCUCCUUUUGAUGUGCGUGGAGGUAACUUUCUUUCUAUCAAGUUGUUGGAUUUGGUUCAUCAUUUUUACAGUAGAAAUUCAAGCGCUAUUUAUACUGUGAAACACUUGAGAACUUGUGAAGUAGCAACUUCACAAGAGCCAGAAGAAUGGAGGUGCGGGAGGUGAGAAAGAUUGGAUGAUUUUCCUCAGACUGUUUCUAACUUUUGUUUUUGUUGCUUAGUUAAUUCCCAUUUUCUUCAGCGUUGAGCAUUGUGGAGAGAGAAGGCCAUUGUGAAAAUUGUGUAAUAUUGUUUCAGGAACUCUCAGUUCUUCUAGUUAGUGUGGAAGAGAGAGGGAGAAAGAAAAACAUUAAAUUCAGGCAGACUCUCGUUGGUAUUCCUAAGGUGAAAAAGUCCAGGAGGAGGUGAGUGAAUGGAAUCAAGCUUCAUGAAGAAGUAUCUCCAAAAGCCUACAAGCCCAGCUGAAAAAAAUGCUGUACUGAUCUCAAAACAGCCAAAAUAAUGGGCAAUGCACAAUCCCAGCUGCAGACCCAAGCAGAAAAAAAAUUAAGAAAAGCAAUGCCAAGUUUUUUCAAGGUACAGUAGGUACUCAAAUACUCGGAGUGUCUUUCUUCCACGGAAUCCAGGAUUUUAUUUUUUUUAAAAUAGAGAUCAAGGUCAGCGUAGGGCAACAUCCCACCUGGGAGGCAGAGGCAGUGAUGGUUCCUCAGCUGCCCACUGCAAAAAAAAAAAACAACCCCACAACAACAGCAAAAAACGGUGGCCAGCAGUGAAGAAACAAGUGGAAAGUUAGUAAUGAGGUACUGGCAGCUUUGUCUGAGGUGGAGGGCAGAUGGGGAGCUAGAAAAAUGAUGUGAAAGAACAGUUCAGCAACAGAGAAAAAUGGGUGUCUUCCAUUCCAGGAAGUCUCAGCCUGCACUGGAAAACUCUCAGAGAGACCAAGUGCCUUAGAUGUCAAUGCCAUAGUUAGAAGAUGCAUUAAAUUACAAAAGCAGCUCCCUGGAGCUGCAUGAAUAGAUAGCUAGUGAUCUUCCAUAAAGGAUGUAGCAGCACGAAUGCCUGCUGUAGGUGGAGAGAUUUAUACCCCUCGCUCCUGGAGACUGAGCUUAUAGCAACACGCAACUGGCCAUACUGGGUCAGCCCAAAGGUCUGUCUUACCCAGGGUCAUGUCUCUGACAGCAAUCUGGAAUAUGUUUGCAGACAGCACACACAGGUACUGUCUGAUGAUACAGCAGAUCUGAUAGCUUGCUGCCGUCCCCUCCUCUCUGCUCCUUGUUCCCCCUGCUCUAUGGCCCACGCUUUUGUCACUUCCUAUACUCUGGUACCUGUGGGCCACACUCAAAGGCAGCUCAACCUGUGAAAACAUAAGGGAGCUUUACCACCCACCCCUCUAAAUGCUCCCAAAUGUUUUCUUUUGUUGCACGGAGCCGAGUUAGUUCAGGGAAAGGUUCAAGGAGCAUGAGAGCCCGUGCAGGAGGGAGGCACAUGCCCACAUCUGUGGACAGAAGGAGCUGGGAGGCAGCACAAUGUGGUGCAGCAUCAGUGAGCGUGGAGGUGGGUUCAGCUCUGCAGAGCCUGGGAACAGGGCUGGUAACUUCUGGCACAAAAUGCUGUGAGACCAAGGAAAUGGGCAGUAGCAUUCCUGAACGUGAGGGUGACCUGACAGAGGUCAAGCCAGGCUGCCUCACAGAACAGCGGAGGUGAGAAGCAGCACCACAGCCAAAGGAAAAGGUUUUUCCCCCAAGUACAUGAGCAGACAGGGAGCUUGUUUCCUUCUCAUUCCAUUACGCCAACAGAGUGCUACGAAAAGCUUUAUAUGUAAAAGCCACUAUUUCUAUGUUAGCCCAUGCUGCACAGUAGUAUAAAUUUGUGCAUAUAUAUAUAAAUUAUAUAUAAAACUGUAUUUCAGAUGCACAUCUGCCAUACAAGUAUACACAUACAUAGGCUUACGUGUGUGGAUAUAUGCGAGCAAACACAUCCACAGGCACACAGAAGCAGCUGCAGCACCUGGUGCAAUCAUGCAAGGCAGAAAAAAGCAACGAAAGUCCUUCCAGACCAGUUGACUUCUGCCUCCUGCGGAGCCAGCUUAUCCCUGCGGAUAAAGCAGGAGACAACAGCGCUCUGCUGCACACCCCGAUGCAGUCCUGCUGGCUAAAUUGUCUCAAUUAUGGGAGACUGCCACCUCAGCAGGAGCCCUGCUGCAUCCUCAGUGCCCUUCAGCAAGUGAGGAAAGCGGAGGUGAAGCAGCACCUGGUGGGGCCCAUGCCAAUUAGAUGCAGGCAGCAGUCAGCAUCCCACCACCGCUUCUGGAGGUGCUUCGGGUAUAGUUAUCGGUUCAGUCCAGCAGUUUGAAUCCCAGCAAGAGGCAAGCUCCUCAGAAGAGCUGGCGCUUGCCUCUCACCUGCCAUUGCUUGUUAGCACGUCGGCACAAGUGCUAGCUGGUGGGCACCCUCUCAUACCCGUUCUCAUAAUGCUCUGCCUUGUGCCUGAGCAUCUGCUUGCGGUGGUGUUUGCUAAGGUUUGGAGUAAAGUCUGAGGCUCUGAGCGCAACCCCCGUGUUUUCCCAGGGGCUGUCAGUAACGGGGAGACUCGGGAGAGGAAAGAAAGUGGUGAGGGUGACAGCCAGAUGGAGCGAGGCUGAGACACUGCUAAUGAGCCAGGGUGGAGCAAUAAAGGCGGCACGCAGCAGGCGAGGGGAACAGAGGGAGAGUCCUUGAAUAGAAAGCAGCGUGAUAAUGAGGCCGUAGUGCUUUGCUUUAACUGCUUAUGCUGUGCAGCCUGCAGCCUGCUGUGCGGGAAGAAGGUAAAGGGGAGUUGAGUUAUUUAACCAAACUAAAUAACAAGGAAGUCAUGUCAGCACAACAGCCUGCUUUCACAGAACAAUAGUCCCCUGGUGCUACAUAAACACAGAGAUCCAGGCUAGCUGUGUAUUUUCUACGCAAGAGACAAUCUCCCCUGUCCCUGCUGUGGACUCCAAUGGCCCCAUUACUGCCGUGAAGGCGGGAGAUCUGCGGUGUCACAGGUGCCCGCAGGCUGCAGUGAGUCAAAAGCCAGCUCCUUGCACCAAGAAUACUUUAUAGAGAGUAUUGGCUUCCAGAAAGCUGGGACUGGGGUGAUCAGAGAGCAACAGUGGACUACUGCUGUAUCCUGCCAAGCUGUAUGUACAUCAGCAGUGAUCUUAGCAACACCCUCUCAGGUACACCAGGAGACAACUCAUUGCCUCAGGCCUAUUAACUUAUGCAUAGUGACAUAUUUCUGCAGCUAAAUGUCUACCUCCCAGUCAGCCCUUCAGUAGGAGCGUGUCUCAGUCAGCACAAGGCAUCUAGCAAGCUCUGUAGUUGAUGAAGAGAGACCUAGUGAGUACGGUCGAGUAUGGUGGGCUUAUAUUCAUGGUUCUGCUCCUGGCUCUGCCAACAGAUCAGCAUUUGACCUUGGGCAGACUGCUUCCUUGCUCUCUGCAUCGCCUGCUCUACCUGUAAAAUGGAAUUAACACUACUCCUAGCCUCAGACUGAGGUCUCUGACUGCCGAUUUCCCUCAGUGUGAUAAUUCUUUUGAGAUCCUGAGCGUGCAAUUCUUUUGAGAUCCUGGCAUGGAGGAAGCAAAGCGUGAAGCCAGCAGUGAUGUAUACCAGAGACUUGCUGUGACGUAGAACAAGGACACACUGUAAAAACCCUGUAACCAAGACAGCAGGCUCUGCAUGCUGCUAGAGAUUGGUGAAUCUGCAAAAUCUCUGUUCCUGUAGAAAGACAAAUGCCCAGAAGAAACAGAUGCCAUUCAGGAUUCACCAGGGUGACAGCUUCCAUGCUCAGAUCCUCAGGGGACCUCUCACUGGCGAGAAACUCGUUGUGGAGAAGGUUCUGUGGAGGCAGUAACUACCCAUGGAGGACCUCUACAACUCACCUUGCUACCAAAGGCUAGCUUCCAGCCAGAGGUGUAGCCAAGAGGAGCUGUAGCAUGAUGACAUGAGUGGUCUUGAAAGACAAAGGGGAGAUGUGGCCCAUUCAUUCCAAUUAACCUUACUGCAGGUGCUUAAUCCCUCUUGCUGUGUAGAUAUUAUUUGUUUAGUUUUUAGUUCAAAUGACUUCUCUCUGACUCCCAGUCGCAGGGGAUGUUCAUGUGUACUAGGUGUAUUGCUAGCAAAAUGCUCCAUAUAUGAAAACUACUCUAGCUCAUCUAAUUUGGGGAUGGACAACUCCAUCAGGUUUGUAUCUGCUUCUUGCUUGGUGUGAAAAGUGGCUUUUCUCCUGCAUGUUGCUUAUUGUUUUUUUU